GCCACGACGUGGCACAGUUUUGUGUGUAGCUGAAAAGAAAAACGUGCGGCUCAUUGGUGCACUCUCUCUUUUACACGCACACACACACGCACAAAUCACUCGCGUCCGGCUACCGUAGGCUAGCUACGCGUAGGUGGUUUACCGAAGAUGGCGGCUUGUAGACGUGUGCAGCUCCUUCUAUUGCUCCUAGCCGUUCCCGCUUGCAUUCGUCCUGUUCAGGGAGUGAAGUCCCCAAGCCUCCACGCCGAGGGGAACGCAGGAGAGAACGCCAACGAUGGCAAAAAUACCGGAGGCGGGCUAGCCGAGGCGAAGGCUGGAGCGGCGGCCUCUCAGUCCCGCCGCAGCUCCACCGGCUGGAAGCUGGCCGAAGAGGAGGCCUGCCGCGACGACGUGACCCGACUGUGCUCCAAACAUUCAUGGAACAACAACCUGGCCGUGCUUGAGUGUCUGCAAGAUCGGAAAGAGGAAAUGGAGAUUGCAGCCAACUGUAACCAUCUGCUAUGGAAUUACAAACUGAACCUGACAACAGACCCAAAGUUCGAGUCCGUAGCUGUGGAGGUGUGCAAGAGUACCAUUGGUGACAUUAAAGAGUGUGCAUCAGAGGAGCGGGGAAAAGGCUAUUUAGUGUCAUGCUUGGUAGAUCACCGUAGUAACAUCACGGAAUACCAGUGCAAUCAGUACAUCACAAAGAUGGCUACCAUCAUCUUCAGCGACUACCGGCUCAUCUGUGGCUUUAUGGACAGCUGCAGGGAAGAUAUCAACAGUCUGCACUGUGGAAGUGUUAACACUGGUGAGAAGGAUGUACACUCUCAGGGAGAGGUGAUCGCAUGCUUGGAGAAGAGGCUGGUGAGUGAAGCAGAGGAACAGACAAAAGGUUACACAAUCAGAGAAGAUUGUAAGAAGGCCAUCAUGCGUGUGGCUGAGCUGUCAUCGGAUGACUUCCAUCUCGACAGGCACCUCUUCUUUGCAUGCCGAGACGAUCGCGAGCGCUUCUGCGAAAAUACUCCAGCAGGUGAGGGCAGAGUCUACAAAUGUCUGUUUAACCACAAAUUUGAGGAGUCUAUGUCUGUAAAGUGUAAAGAGGCCCUCUCCACCAGACAGAAGCUGAUUGCACAGGAUUACAAAGUGAGCUACUCUCUGGCCAAGGCUUGCAAACAGGACCUGCGGAAAUAUCGUUGUAAUGUAGACACCACGUUACCCCGUGGCAGAGAGGCCAAGCUAUCCUACUUGCUGCUGUGCCUUGAGUCUGCCGUACACAGAGGACGCACUGUGAGUGGCGAGUGUCAGGGGGAGAUGUUGGACUAUAGACGCAUGCUGAUGGAGGAUUAUUCGCUGAGUCCUGAGAUUGUGCUGCACUGCCGUAGUGAGAUUGACAAUCAUUGCUCCGGUCUGCACCACAAAGGCCGAACCCUCCACUGCCUCAUGAGGGUUUCCCGUGACAAGGGCAUUUUCGACAACCUUUGCCAGAAAUCUCUCCAGACUUUGAUCCAGGAGACGGAUCCCGGCGCAGAUUACCGGAUUGACAGAGCUCUCAAUGAGGCAUGCGAGUCAGUCAUCCAGACCGCAUGCAAACACAUCCGAAAUGGAGACCCCAUGAUCUUGUCUUGUUUGAUGGAGCAUCUUUACACUGAUAAAAUGGUGGAAGACUGUGAGCACAGGUUGCUAGAGUUGCAGUACUUUAUCUCCAGAGACUGGAAGCUGGACCCGAUCCUGUACAGGAAGUGUCAGAAUGAUGCUGCACGUAUUUGCCACACUCAUGGCUGGAAUGAGACUAGUGAAUUCAUGCCACCAGGAGCGGUGUUUUCCUGCCUGUACCGUCACGCUUACCGCACCGAGGAGCAGGGUCGACGGUUAUCUCGUGACUGUAAGACUGAAGUGCAGCGCAUCCUCCAUCAGAGGGCUCUGGAUGUAAAGAUGGACCCAGACCUGCAGAAACGAUGUAUGACCGAUUUGGGCAAGUGGUGCAGUGAGAAAACAGAGCCUGGACAGGAGUUGGAGUGUCUACAGGAUCAUUUAGAUGAUUUGGGCUCAGAAUGUAGAGAUGUGGUGGGUAACCUGACUGAGCUGGAGUCUGAAGAUAUCCAGAUUGAAGCUCUUCUAAUCCGAGCCUGUGAACCAGUCAUCCAGGCGCACUGCCAUGAGGUGGCAGAUAAUCAAAUAGACACCGGAGAUCUGAUGGAGUGUCUCGUGCUCAAUAAACACCAGAAGGAGAUGAAUGAAAAGUGUGCAGUCGGAGUCACUCACUUUCAACUGGUCCAGCUGAAAGAUUUCCGCUUUUCUUACAAAUUUAAGAUGGCCUGCAAGGAGGAUGUGCUCAAACUCUGCCCAAACAUCAAAAAGAAGGUGGAUGUAGUCAUCUGUCUAAGCACCAUGGUCAGGAAUGACACAUUGCAGGAAGUGAAAGACCAGCGUGUUUCCAUGAAAUGCCGUAGGCAGCUCAGAGUGGAAGAACUGGAGAUGUCAGAGGAUGUUCGACUGGAACCCGAUCUGUACGAGAGCUGUAAGCAGGACAUUAAGGAGCGCUGUCAGAAUGUGGUGUUUGGCAAUGCUCAGGUGAUUGAGUGCCUAAAGGACAAUAAGAGGUUUUUGCACCAGCGCUGUCACCAGAAGAUCUUUAAACUGCAGGAGACUGAGAUGAUGGACCCUGAACUUGACUUUCAGCUUAUGAGAGUGUGUAAGCAGAUGAUCAGGCGUUUCUGCGCUGAAGCCGAUGCUAAGAGUAUGCUUCAGUGCCUGAAGCAAAACAAGAACAGUGAACUCAUGGACCCUAAAUGCAAACAAAUGAUCACCAAGAGACAGAUCACCCAGAACACCGAUUACAGACUGAACCCAGUGUUGAGGAAGGCCUGUAAGGCAGACAUUCCUAAAUUCUGCCAGCACAUUCUGAGCAAAGCGAAAGAUGACACUGAGUUAGAGGGCCAGGUCAUCUCCUGUCUCAAACUCAAAUAUGCAGACCAGCGUCUUUCUUCAGACUGUGAGGACCAGAUCAGAGUAAUUCUGCAGGAGUCUGCAUUGGACUACAGACUGGACCCCCAGUUACAGAUGCAGUGCACUGAAGAGAUCCCACGGUUGUGUGCAGAGGAGGUAGCAGCCCAGGAACAGACAGGUCAAGUGGAGGAAUGUCUUAAAGUGAAUCUACUCAAGAUAAAAAACGAGGGUUGCAAAAAGGAAGUGCUAAACAUCCUUAAGGAGAGUAAAGCAGACAUUUUUGUGGAUCCAGUGUUGCAUACAGCAUGUGCACUUGACCUUAAGCAUCAGUGCGCUGCCAUCCCACCUGGAAGAGGAAGGCAGAUGUCUUGUCUGAUGGAGGCUCUUCAAGAUAAGAGAGUGAGACUUCAGCCUGAGUGUAAGAAGAGAUUACAAGACCGUAUAGACAUGUGGAGCUAUGCUGCCAAGGUGGCACCAGCAGAAGGCUUCUCAGACUUGGCUGGUCAGGUCCUUUCUUCUCCUGCUAAGAACUAUAUCCUGAGCAUGCUGGCGAUGUCUGUCGUUCUGCUGUUCUUCAUGGGGCUGCUGUGCGGCCGCAUCACCAAGCGUGUCACGCAGGAGCUGAAGGACAGGUAAAGAGGGUUGCCAGGGGUAGGAGGAGGAGGGGGAUCCCCAAUGUCCUUCCUUCCUCCUGCCCCAUUAUACAAAAGGGGGGUGGAGAAGCUAGCAGUGCUCCUCUUUGUCCCUCUCUCACCCUGGGCCCUGGCUAUGAAGAGGACGAGCAAGACUGAAACUGUACGAAUUUUCUUGCUACUGGCGGCAGCCAUGUUGGGACCUGAUAUUACCCUCUUCACAGUGUCCAUGUUUUCUGACUGCGGUACACCUGCAUUGUCAUCUGCUUCUCUGUGACCGGACCUGCCUGCUGUGGACAUUUGGGCCAUUUUGUGUGUGCGCGUAUGUGUUUUCACAUUUCUAAGUAUGUUGUGCCAGCAUCUCUGAGACAUUGUUUUUUCCCUGUCUGCUUUCUCCAUGCUCAUGGAGCUCCUGUUGCAUUUCUCCUCUUCUCUUCUCCUGCAUUUGCUCUUGCUCUCCUGUGGUCUACUAAGACGAUGAAGCAGUGGCAGCAGGUUUCUCACUACUAAAUUUCAGAAAUAAUUUUGUGGUUGUGGGUGGUUGCCAUACACUUCAGUUACGUAUGGUGACUAGUAUAUUUGUGGUAUUCGGUUUGUGCAGGUCUGAUAACAUGCUCCUUUUAUUAUUUUAACUGAUAUUGUAAUUUUCAUUAUUAUUGACAUGGGUUGUUCCUGUUAAUAAGGUCACGACUAUGACUUGUCCUCUAACUUGCAGACCAUCUAAUGGGAGAAUAAUGGCAUCAUCUUCUAUAUAUUAUUAUUUAUAAAUAACAUGCUUGACAUUGAUUUAAUAGACAUACUACUAAAUAGGGCCUUUUGUGAUUAACUAAUUACAGGGGUUAAAAAAGUUGGUAUGAUUUAAUUGUACUGACAUGCGUGUAUGUGUAUGAUUUCCUGUGAGGGUGAAUGAAAAGUUCAAGAUUAAAUAUCUUGUCUGUGGGUUUA